AUGAAGCUUUUGAGGAAUGAUACAUGGGGGAAAUGUAAGGAGUCCGCAGGAGUCGUUGACAUUGCAGCUGCUGCUGGGGUUGAAUUCGAACUAGAGUGGGGAUUCCUAAGGAGUAACGCACCAUGUUUUUCAGUGAUGGCUACUUUAUCGAAGGCUGAGUAUCUUCAGCGAUACCUUUCAUCUGGAAAAGAAGCUGAGGAAAAGAAAGCAAAGAAGAAAAAGAAGAAGACGAAAGUUCGUGCAGCUGGAUUACGCAUAGUCGAGGAUGACGCUUUUCUUGCUGUGUCGGCGAAAUUCAAAGACAUCGACUCCGAUGAAGAGCGAGAAGACAUAGCCAUUAUAUCUAGCAUUUCGAAACAGAUCGAAGAGAAGGCUCGUGAAGCACCCAAAUUCCGAAGUUCGUUCAAACCUUUAGAUGCAGCAGAUGAGGAUGUCAAACCAGAGCUUUCGGCAAUAAAAAGCAAUGAUUCUCAACCACAGAACUUGAGAAAACGUCACGAUUCUGACGAAUCACCCGCAGAAGAGCGUGAUCAUUCCAACUCGGGCCAGUCACCAGUGAGGAAGCGCCGCGUUUCUAGCAACUCGCCUUCACGAUCUCUUGAUCAUUCAAAAAAGAGAAGAAGGCAUGACUCAGGCUCUGAUUUAUCCACAGGCGGAGAACAAUUCCGGCGGGGGCGACGUUCAGACGAACAAUCACAGCUGUCCAAGAAACGUCAUAACAGCAAAGAGAAACGUUUUGAAUCAGAUCACCGACAUCCAGCACGCGGUGGAUCAAUCCCAGAUCAGGCUUCGAUCAAAGUUGAGGUUGAUUCUGAUCACUCACCUUCAAGGGAAGCGUCCUCCAAACGAAGACAUGAUUCUUCAUCAGAUCAGUCUCCACCGAGAAAGGAUCGCUCGAGCGUUCCAUCCACAUCUAAGUCAUCACUUCUAGGGAAGGAUGAUAAUGAACAUCGUCGGCAACGGCACGAUACUUCGUCAGAUCAAUCCCCUCCGAGAAAACGUCUGAACUCUCCCUCUACAUCUAAAUCAUCAGGUCGAGGAAAGUGUGACAAGGAACGUCCUCGGCGAAGGCACGAUUCUUCAUCGGAUCAAUCCCCUCCACGGAAACGUCCGAACUCUCCCUCUACAUCUAAAUCAUCAGGUCGAGGAAAGUAUGACAAUGAACGUCCUCGGCGAAGACACGAUUCUUCAUCUGAUCAAUCCCCUCCAAGGAAACGUCCGAACUCUCCCUCUACAUCUAAAUCAUCAGGUCGAGGAAAGUAUGACAAUGAACGUCCUCGGCGAAGACACGAUUCUUCAUCUGAUCAAUCCCCUCCAAGGAAACGUCCGAACUCUCCCUCUACAUCUAAAUCAUCAGGUCGAGGAAAGUAUGACAAUGAACGUCCUCGGCGAAGACACGAUUCUUCAUCUGAUCAAUCCCCUCCAAGGAAACGUCCGAACUCUCCCUCUACAUCUAAAUCAUCAGGUCGAGGAAAGUAUGACAAUGAACGUCCUCGGCGAAGGCACGAUUCUUCAUCGGAUCAAUCCCCUCCACGGAAACGUCUGACCUAUCCUUCUACGUCUAAGUCAUCAGUUCGAGGAAGGUAUGACAGCGAUGAGUCUCCUCCAAGAAUGCGAGCGGACGAACGCAGACGACCAAUUGCUUCACCUGAAAAACUGAAUAAAGAAACCCAGCGAACUCUGGAUGGAAAGGUAGCAGGUCUCCAGUCAGCCGAAGAUCUCAAAAAGGAAUCAGAAAAAAUACGACAACGUGAAACAAAGAUGUUCGAGGAAAUGGAUGCAUCCGUGAGCGGUAGAUAUGCUGAGACAACUGUACGGCAAAAACAUGUUCGAAAACGACAUGAAAAGCCAGAGGACAAAGAGAGGAAGGAGCGCGAAGCCAAGAAGCAGGCUGAGCUGGAAGAGAAGUACAAAUUGUGGAACAAAGGAGUGGAACAGAGUGAACGGCGUGGAAAGCAAUUGGAAGAGAUGGCUCGUGUUGCUGCUGAACCUCUGGCUCGUAUGGCAGAUGAUGAAGAGAUGAACCGUCAUUUAAAAGAUAUCAUUUAUGAGGAGGAUCCAAUGGCUGAGAUGCUCAUGAGCAGAAAACGUGAAGAAGCAAUGGAUGAAGGAGAGCUUGUAUAUCCAACAUACCAAGGCGAAUUCCCUCCCAAUCGGUUUGGAAUCCGUCCUGGCUAUAGAUGGGAUGGAGUUGAUCGGUCGAAUGGGUUCGAAGCGAAGUUGGCUCAAGCCAAGAACCGAAGAAAUGCACAGGAAAAAGAGUAUUAUCAAAAUCUACAGUUGUAUGAGUAA